CCUAUAUUUUGUGUUCAUCCAGCAGAGGGCAGUGUCACAACAGGAAACGACUUUCCUUCAAAAUAAAGUACCUUGUUGUGGCUUCGUGACAGAAAUUCUACUAAACAGACAGAGAUAGGGAGUUUCGUAACAACGACACUGUAUAAACUACAUGGUUUUGUUUUUUGUUUGUGCUUUACUAAAACAUGUGUAAUCUAAUUUCCUCCUCUUGAACGUAACGGUUCGACGUGUUGACGUCAGACGUUUAUACGUGUUGUCAUGGUGAAGCAGAUAAAACGGUUCUCCAUUUCAUGCAAGUUGGUUAAAAAUGUCAUCAGCCAGUAAAAAAGCGAUACAGGCCCUCGCGGAAACAAUCUCCAAAAAAGUGGAACACUUUAAUAAAAAAGAGGUGGAAUGUCUUAUCUGGAAGUUCAAUGCACUUCUGGAGGCGCAGAAACAUUCUGAUGGUUCGGUUUCGGGUCUGGACAGAAACCAGUUCAAAGUGGUUCUACACAACCUGUUCGAGAUGACCGACGACUUCAUCAUGGAUAGAGUCUUCAGGAUAUUUGACAAGGACAAUGAUGGAUUUGUCACUGUGGAAGAAUGGAUCCAGGGACUGUCUGUUCAUUUUUGGGGCACUCUGGAUGAACAGAAGAAAUACUGCUUUCAUAUGUAUGACUUGAAAGGCAGCGGAUUUAUCACGAGAGACGACAUUUUUCUCUUGCUGAAGGACAGUUUCCAUCUGCGGCUUGAAGAGGAAGGCAGAGAAGACGACUAUCAAGAUGAACAGGAUGAGAUCAACGAACUGAUGGAAAUUGUCCUCAAAAAAAUGGACCACGACAAAGACGGCAGGCUGUCUUUUCAAGAUUUUGAGAAGUCUGUAAAAAAGGAGGAGCUACUCCUUGAAGCCUUUGGAAGCUGCCUGCCCAAUUUCAGGACAAAGAAGAAGUUUGAGCAGCAAGUACUGGAAAAGCAGCAAGAUGAAUAAUAAAAUAUGAAGUGCAAGCGGUGUUCAACUUUGAGACUUUCAUGAAAGAAAAAGCCAAAAUGUUUUUCUUAAAGUACAAUUUUAUUUUAAGUUGAGCCUUUCAACGUUAGUUUUGAUAAAUAUGGACAGUCGUCACUAAAACAGAAUGGAUCAUAUCCGACGGCGUGGCUUAACCUUCUUCUCCGCUGGUUUGAGGUCUGGGACCGAUGUCACCUAGGAAUGAAUGAAAAGAAUGAGACUGAAAUGCACCAAUAUGGCAUCAUGUCAAGCUCUAAUUCUCAUUAAAAAAAAAAUAAAA